UCUAAGGACAGAAUACAGGAAAGAUGGAGGCUGCUGCUGAAUCAAAGCUUAACCAGCAGAUACCAUGCAGUUACAAAAGUUUUGCUGCUUCACAAAAUUAUAAAGAUGUCAGCAACCUUCCAAAGGAGGUGUCUCUUAAACAGCUGGUCUCAGGUAGCCAAGAAUCCCCAGACCAAAGCUUGUCUAACCUCAAAGAGACCCAUGAGGACUGCUGCAGUAAGGCCUCACUCAUGCCCGUCUAUGCUGGAUCCAUCACCUUUGCUUUUGGAAUGACCAUUGCUUUGAUUAUGCAUAUUUACCCAGGGCAAAGUUUGGUGCCUGUGAAAGGCGUGUUAGUGUCAGAUCACAAGCUCUGUACUGCACUGGGUCAGAGAGUUCUUCAUGACCAUGGAUCCAGUGUGGACGCUGCCAUCGCUGCUACCCUGUGUUUGAGUGUUGUGUAUCCCCAUGUGUCAGGUGUUGGUGGAGGUGGUGUGAUGCUGGUUCAUGACAUCCAAAAGAACAAAACCAGGGUGAUAGAUUAUCAGACCACUGAACCAAAAAGACUUAAAGAAGAAAUGCUGCUAGAUUUCCCCCAUCUUAAGGCAGGUCUAGAAGUGGGAGUGCCAGGAAUGCUCAGAGGGUUGCAUCAAGCUCACAGCCUGUAUGGGAGUCUGUCAUGGGAGGAUGUGGUCUCCAGACCAGCCACUGUUGCCGAAGAAGGUUUCAAUGUGUCUCACAGUCUUGCUGAGGCAAUAGAACAGGUAAAAGGCAAAAAGCUUUCAAAACAUUUCCAGGAUAUUUUCUUUCCAAAUGGCUUGGCUCUGCAAUCUGGCUCAUUAUUGAGGAUCCCUGGUCUGGUUGGAGUCCUGCAGGCUCCUCUGUUGGACUUCUAUGAUGGAAACUUCUCACAGGAAAUAGAGGAGGAGGUGCGAGCUAAUGGAGGGGUCCUCAGCAGAGAGGACACCAGUAGCUACACUGUACAGGUGGAGCAGCCAGUGGAGACUCUGUUAAAUGACUCCAUUAUUCAAGUUCCUCCUGGUGCAGCAUUGAUUUCAGAUCUCAGCCUUUUGCAGGGAUACCAUCACAAUGAGAACAAUACCACUGAAAGUCAAGAACAUCACUGGAAUGCUGAGACACAGGUGGCUGGACAGGUAGUAGUCAUGGGACCAGAUGACUUCAUGGUGUCAGUAUCAAGGUGGUGCUGUUACCAAAGACGAUCUGACGUAAACUGUGGAUAUGUAUGUGCCAUCCUUAACUUUUCCUGGCCAAGAAAAACUCAAGGUCAACACUUAACUAACCAGAGAAACAGAUUCCAUCCAGGGAAAAGGACCUCAUCAUCUCUUGCGCCAACAAUAGUGGUGCCAGCAUGGAGUAAAUGUGGGAUCUACAUGGCGUUUGGCAGCAGAAAUGAACAACAGAGUCUGAGUAUAAUAACUCAGGUAAUGAGCAGUGCAAUAAUGUUUCCUAAAGAGAAAAAUGAAACCUUCACGAGGAGACGUAAUUCCCAGCUUGAGUCUGAUAGAGCUCUUAUUGACUCUGAGUUUCCAGGAGAGAGUGCACAGCUCCAGGGAGAUGGCCAUGGCACUCAAAUAGUGAAGACGAACUCCGAGGUCUGUGAAAUCAUGAGAAAAAAAGACAUCAUUAUGGCUAUAAUGCUACCUCGGUUAUCUGAUAACUCAUAGUUUUUUUUCACUAUUCCAUAAACACUCUCAAGGCUGCACCAAUAAAGGAUAAAUUGUUGUA